UUGCCGCCGCUGCCGGCCUCCUCCUCGGCGCCAGCUUCUUCUUCCAGAUGGUUUCUGCCACGGAAGAAGAUGGUCAGGGGCGGUACAACGCCAUGUUCAACUUCGGCGACUCGCUGUCGGACACGGGCAACAUCUGCGUGAACAAGUCGGCGACGGCGCAGCUCCUGCUCACCUUCGCCAACCCGCCCUACGGCAUGACGUACUUCGGCCACCCCACCUGCCGCUGCUCCGACGGCCGCCUCGUCGUCGACUUCCUCGCCCAGUCUCUCGGCCUGCCCCUCCUCCCGCCGUCCAAGCUCUCCGGCGCCGACUUCCGGAAGGGCGCCAACAUGGCCAUCGUCGGCGCCACGGCGCUCGACUUCGACUUCCUCAAGUCCAUCGGCCUCGGCUACCCGAUCUGGAACAACGGCGCCAUCAACGUGCAGCUCCAGUGGUUCCGCGACCUGCUCCCUCGCAUCUGCGGCGGCACGCCGCAGACGUGUAAGCCCUACCUCGCCAAGUCCCUCUUCGUCCUGGGCUCCAUCGGCGGCAACGACUACAACGCCAUGCUCUUCUUCGGCUUCACCGUCGACCGGGCCAGGAGCUACGUCCCCAACGUCGUCGACAACAUCGCCGCCGGCGUCGAGAGGCUGAUCGAGCUGGGCGCGGUGGACAUCGUGGUGCCUGGGACGCUGCCCAUCGGGUGCUACGCGCUCUACCUCACGAUGCUGCCGAGCGUCAACAAGUCUGACUACGACGAGCACGGGUGCCUGAGGCCGCUCAACGACCUCGCCGUGUACCACAACACGCUGCUCCAGGACAGGCUCCGCGGCGUGCGCGCCAGGCACGGCUCGGCGGUGCGGGUCAUGUACGCCGACUUCUACACCCACGCCGCCGACAUGCUCCGCGACCCGCCGCGCUUCGGCUUCACCACCGCCGUCAUGGCGUGCUGUGGCGCCGGAGGCGGCGCCUACAACUACGAGUUCGACGCGCGGUGCGGGAUGAAGGGCGCCACCGCGUGCAAGGACCCGUGGAGCCACGAGUCCUGGGACGGCGUGCACCCGACGGAGGCGGUGAACAAGCUCUUUGCUGACGGCUGGCUCAGGGGACCCUACUGCCACCCUCCCAUCCUGCACUAG